ACGACUGCUGAUCAGCUUUUCGUGCAGUAACUUUCUAACAGGAACACGUGUUAGUUCAUACAAAAAGUACCAUUUAUAAGUACGCUGUCUGUCUGUCUAUCAUAAAAGGGGAACGCAGGAAUUAAAUGGUGCAGAUAGCUUUGUCAAAGCCGGCCAUGCACUAUGUCUUUAAGCUUGUAAAGAGAGGCAUGCACACUGGGAGGUGUGGAUCCCUGACGCUACCAGGGCAAGUUUCCUUUCACUAUGGUUUAGCAAGAGAUGCAAAGCUUCACUUCACCUGAUGCCACCUGCCAGGAUGAGCUGCUUGCAUAUACAAACUGGAGAUCUGCAAAGCGAUGCAUCAGUUUUUAGAUUGGGUCAUUUUCCAUUAAAAUGACAACUAACUGCGAGCAAAGGACUUCCUUACUAUUAAGGCAUUAUCCUUUUUAAAAGUAUUUUUUUAUGAAUGCCAGAGUGGCCACGUCUAUGAAAGAGUGAAUACGUUAGGAUUGCAAUUAAUAAGAACUUCUGCAAAAUGAUUUCUUCCUGGGACAACAAGACAGAGCUGCCCGUUUGGAACUCCUCAAGGGCAGUUAAUCAUACUCACGGAUCAGCCAGUCCCCGACGUGCCAUCUGUAUAAGUCUGACUUUGGGAGCAUUUAUUCUUUUUGCAAUUAUGGGAAAUAUCUUGGUCAUCUUGUCAGUAGCCUGUCACAAGCAUCUCCGAAUAGUCACUAAUUAUUUCAUUGUUAACUUAGCUGUUGCAGACUUGCUUCUCAGUGCUACAGUCCUGCCCUUUUCGGCAACCCUUGAGGUGCUAGGAUACUGGAUCUUCGGCAGAGUUUUUUGUAACAUAUGGGCUGCAGUAGACGUACUCUGCUGCACUGCCUCUAUCUUAAGCCUCUGUGUCAUUUCUGUUGAUCGUUACCUUGGGGUGAGUUACCCCUUGAGAUACCCCAUGAUAAUGACCAAGAAGCGUGGACUACACACACUAGCAGGUGUAUGGGCGCUGUCCAUGGUGAUCUCUAUAGGACCCCUGCUCGGAUGGAAGGAACCAGAGCCAGAGGAUGAUAAAGUCUGCAAAAUCACAGAAGAACCCGGGUAUGCUUUGUUUUCAGCGCUUGGUUCUUUCUAUUUGCCUUUGGCUGUUAUUUUGGCGAUGUACUUCCGAGUAUACUUAGCUGCCAGAAGGGAGACUAGAAGUCUGUACUCCGGGGUAAAGAAAGACAAAUCAAUUUCCAAGCAGGAGGCUGUAACUCUGAGAAUACAUCGGAAGAGCUCUGUUAAAGACAGCCCUCUGGAGAAGUCCAUCUCCCGUUCCAAGAGUAAAAUCAUGAAAAACUCCUUCUCAAUAAGACUUCUCAAGUUUUCUAAAGAGAAGAAGGCUGCUAAGACAUUGGGAAUAGUAGUAGGUGUAUUUGUUCUCUGCUGGCUACCCUUCUUUAUUGUCCUUCCUCUCGGUUCAUUUUUUCCACAGUACAAGCCUCCUGAAUACAUUUUUAAAGUAAUUUUCUGGUUAGGUUAUUUUAAUAGCUGCAUAAAUCCUCUGAUAUACCCUUGUUUCAAUCAAGAGUUUAAAAGAGCAUUCAAGCAUAUUCUCAAAGGACGUUUUAGAAGAAAGAGAAAGCAAGCGUUCAGCCAGCACCAGUUUACUUAUAGGUCCUGCAACAAAGGAAUUAGAACUAACUUGGAAAAUGACCAGGAGAUAGAGCACAUUCAGUUAACAAGUAAUCCUAGUCACAUGAUCUAUGAACCCUGCAAACAAGACAGCAGUGAAUGGAGAUUCAUAAGUGCAUUGCAAAAUGUCCACACCUUCAACAGGACUACUGAAAUGACUGCAUCUAGCAUUUCGUAUAAUGGAGAUUAUCUCUACAUUCGAGGUACUGAUGUGCAGUCUGAUUGUCUUAUCAAAGAGGAGAUGUUAACUUCUCCAAGAUAUGAAAAGAACUGCUUGCGAUCCCAAGUGCAUAUAUUUACAUUCACUAACCAUCUAAACACCUUAGAAAUGUGAAUGGAUAUUUCAUUCUUAAGCAAACAGUGUGGCAGUAAGACUAUGGACAAUAAAACAGACGUGUCUGAAAGAAACUGUUUUACAGAAAACUCAAGUAAACCGAAUGCACUUGAACACGUUUUGUUAAAAAAGAAUAUAUAUAUAUAUAUAUAUAUAUAUAUAUAUAUAUAUAUAUAUAUAUAUAUAUACUGAAAAAAUGUUGCACACAGCAGACAUCAUGCCAAACAUUCUGAAAAAUUGUGAUAAAUUUCUGAUUUUUCUUUAGGCAUACUCGGCUUCACGAGCCAAAGAAACAUAAAGCAAUAUCCGGAAAGGAGUCUGUCUGUUUAUUGAAGGGCCAACUUGCCGAACCCCAUGCGGUUGACAGUUUGGUUCAUUGAACUGUUCUGAUUGAGAUCAUGGCACACUAGGGAUUGGGAAAUUUGCCCUUUUCCCAACUGUAGUGCAUUCUCAAGGUUGGUAUAAAUAAUUAGCAGGGGGGGGUCAUAGCCCCUUCCCCAUUUGGGGGGUACAGGGGUCUUGCUCCCCCUGCAAAAACAUGGUUUGUGUUGUUGGCGGGUGUUGUGUGGGCUUGUUAGUUUUUUGAUGAACUGUAUUGUCACCCAGAUGGUCUCGACUAUAUGGGUUUCGACAAUGUGCUUUUUUUCAGUAAACUGACAUAGAUCCUUCAGGAAAGCAUUAUCCGCAAAGUAUAUUGUACAAAACCACUGCUGUUUGACAUCCUAUACUGAUAACACAAGUUCUUAGUCUUAUUAAAUGUUAAACAAUCUUAAGUGUAACAAUAUGUUGUGUUUGACUGUAUAAUCUGAAAAUACAGUAGUAGUAAUAGUGAUGCCUUAUUAAUAAGUACAUUUCUACGGUGAAAAGAACCUCUGAGUACAAUCAUUUUAAAUAAAAUAUUUUACUAAUUUCAGAAACAAGGAUACAUCUUGCAUGUUACUGUAGCAGUAUUAGACAAUAGGUCUUUGCUGUAGUGUAAAACUUUGAGCUGUUUGGCACAGUCAAAUACACUGAGAAUAAAAUGUAAAGCAGUA